AUGAAGUCGUUCAAUUCAGUUUGUCAAAACGUGAUCAAAAGUGAUUUGAAAGCUUUAAUCCAUUUCACAAAAUCUCAGGGAAAUCUCCACUCGUCGUCUUCUCAAUCAGAUAAAUCGAUUGCUAUAGCAUUGAAGAUUUCCACAAAAACAUUUUCACAUCCUCAAAAACAUGAUGGAAAUCAAAUUUUUUGUUUACUUAAAGACUUGUCAAAGAAAGCGGAAGAAAGUUUUAUUCUAGUUUUACUGUCAUCACAGGACCGUGGAGAGCUCUGA